AUGGUAGCCCAAGCUUAUAACAGGACAGUCAAGCCCCGAGCCUUCAAGCUAGGAGACCUCGUGCUAAAAGUCGUGGACCAUGUAAGAAGACAAGUAUCGGGACCUUCCAAGUUUGCCUGGCAAUGGGAAGGCCCAUUCACAGUCAAAGAGGUUUACAACAGCGGCUAUUAUCGCUUGGUCUCUGUCAAAGAAGGCACGCUGACGGAUCCCAUAACGGGAAGUGGCUCAAGCCCUACUACUGCUAAGUUAAUUUUAUGCCCAACACUUUUGUAUGAUACACCAUCAUGGUGGCAAGGGCUUGGCAAUGAGAAUGAAGGAAUAUUUUGCAAAAUAUAUAUACUAUGUCUCUAA